UCUAUUGUUUUGGAUAUUUCAAGAUUUUUGCAACCACCAAGCUUAUAGGUAGACCGGGAUUCGUGGUUCGAAUUAGAGGCUUUUGAGUCUCUCUCAAGAGUAUUUGUUGGUUUUCUAGUUGGUGGUAGAAGCUGUAAUUAAUUUCAUUGAGAAUGGCAGAGAUCUGCUGUGAACUGGCGAGUGAGAGCAGCGCAUCGACCCCGUGCGAACAGAAAUCUCGAACGGCGAGGCGGCGGAGAAUGGAGAUCAGACGGUUCAAAUUUGUGUCCAGUGUGGCGUCACCAGUGACGGAGCAUGCGCAAAAGCGUCAGAAGCUAGAGGUCUAUAAGCCGUUGCUUUCUCGGGAGUGCGAGAACGCUGUGGAGAACUCCGCAUUGGAUGAGGAAAAACCACUGUUCCUGGUAGAAAACGGAAGAUCCAAGACCAAAGAGAUCUUAAUUCCGAGUCAGUCUUCCAAUCUUUCUAUGUCGACGGUCUGUACCUCUCCGUCAGCCCCUGUGGUUCCAGAAGUUUGUGGGGAGUACCCGAAGUUCGGCGUUGCAUCAGUGUGUGGCAGGCGGAGAGACAUGGAGGACGCAGUGGCGAUCCACCCUUCCUUCUGUCGCCGAGACCGUGAAACCUCCACUGAGUUGCAUUAUUUUGGUGUUUACGAUGGCCAUGGUUGCUAUCAUGUGGCGACAAAGUGUAGAGAGCGGUUGCAUGAGCUAGUGAAGGAGCAGUUGGAGAGUAAGGAAGGUUCAUCCACGGAGUGGAAGAGCGCGAUGGAGCAAAGCUUCAGGCGAAUGGACAAGGAGGCGAUUGGGUGGAACGAUAGCGUUUUGGCAGCCAAGUGCAAGUGCGAGCUUCAGUCGCCCGAGUGCGAUGCUGUUGGAUCUACUGCGGUUGUUGCCGUAAUGACGCCUGAGAAGAUCGUCGUCGCCAACUGCGGUGACUCCAGAGCCGUGCUUUGCCGCAACGGCAAGCCUGUUCCUCUCUCAUCUGAUCACAAGCCGGACCGUCCAGAUGAGCUGAAACGGAUCGAGGCUGCGGGUGGUCGGGUUAUUUACUGGGACGGCCCACGGGUUCACGGAGUUCUCGCCAUGUCAAGAGCUAUUGGUGAUAACUACCUGAAGCCUUGCGUGAGCUGCGAGCCGGAGGUGACGAUCACGGAUCGGACGGCGGGGGACGAGUGUCUGAUCCUGGCUAGCGACGGUCUGUGGGACGUGGUGUCCAACGAAAUGGCGUGUGGGGUGGCGAGAUUGUGCCUGAGAGGGAAGUCUCUGGCUCCACCGUGUUCGCCGUCUGGAGUGGCUGAAGUUUCCGGGUUCGAAAAUUCCGAUAAGGCGUGCUCGGAGGCGUCGACGUUGCUGACGAAGCUGGCCUUGGCCAGGCACAGUACAGACAACAUCAGUGUCGUGGUGGUGGACCUCAGGAGAAGGGACACGUAGCGAUAUGCCAUGAGUUGUCAACGGGUUGUCUUUAAGAUUCUUUUAAAAAGAGUUUUUUGGCAUUUGGGGUUGGCUUAGGGCAUUUAUGGUUUUUUUUUUUUAAUUAUUAUAUGUAUUUAGGGUGAAGGAGUGGAAGAGACAGAGAACGUGGACAGAAUGUUACAUGUUGGAACAGAAUAUCAAGUGAAUUUGAUGAAACAUCUAUCAAAUAUUUUUUAUAUUUUUAAAAGAUGAAUGGAUCUAUAAUCUAUUAAA